AUGGGCAACAGCUUUGGUUUCCUCAGAGGCGAAAGUGGAAGUGGGUUUCAGUUCAACGUGGUGGAGGCCUGCAAGGCUGAGGAUGUAGACCUCGCUCAGGCUUGUAGCCUAACGUUCGACGCAAAUCAUGACUUGGUCUCGAUUGGCAAUGUCAAGAGGGGAAGAAUGGCGCCGCAGCCUGGUAUAGCCGGCAUCGGAUUCAGCAGCGCCUUCGCGAGUCUCAGAGACAAACCCAAUAACAAGACUUCCGGAAAACCGAACGCGGAUCCGACAUGGAAAGACAGAGUGCGCGCAGCUGGCCGAACAUUCGUCUUGGGUGUGGCAGACACCCAGACCAUCUUCGUCGGAGCUUUCCUUCUCGGUUUCGCUGGCCGAAGCAAGUUCGCCGUCAGUCAAAUGAUGAUCGCGCUGUCUGUUCUCACCUUCUCCAUCGCGCUGGUACGGACGUACUGGCGUAAUCCACUUGCAGCCGCUUUUCGACUAAUUCUCUCGGUUGGGGCCUUUAUCGGUGUCGGGUUGACCAUCUUCAGGGAAGCCAACUAUGCUCCGUAUGGCGCACUUGAACAUUCGAGCCAAGACAGUGCCAUCCUGCUCCCAGUAGCAUGUAUGCUAGAAAUGGGCCUACGAUCAGCGGCAGAGGAUCAAGCACGCCAGAACCAAGCCAAUCUCGGUUUCGGAAACGCAACAGCCUGGCCACCCGAAAGAUUCAUGUACAUCGUCCUCGGCGUCGCUUUCAUCGCCGCCCACAUCUCAGUCCCCAUCCGCUUCGCCGAAUCCAAGGACCGCGCACCGAAAGUCUGGACGGAGAAGCGCGCUUUCGUCACCUUGAUCUACUGGAUCUUGGUAUUGCUCGCACCCAUCGUGACGUCAAUGUUUUGCUGGUUCCGCGUGUACACAAUGCGCGAGUGGGUAGCUGGUUCAGGGUGGAUGGAGGAUCCGAAUACGGAGAUGAUAGUGUGGGAUUCGGGGCAGUUGAUUGCUAUGGGUGUGCUUGUUACUGUUGUCAUGAAUGUGCUUACUGAGGCGAUGGAGAGGGAGAAGAAAGACGCGAGGAAGAGGAGUGACGGAAUGGAUGGAGAAGCGGAGGUGGAGUUGCUGCCGACUGCGUAUCGUGGGUAUGAGUAUUAG